AUGUUUCUAACUUCUACGCCGAAAAAAGCCGUCUUAUCCCAGACGAACUUGAUUAAGUGCUUGAUCUGCACUGAAGUUCUUGAAACAAGCGACAGAAUAGCGGUUUUUGGGCGCUCGCAGUGGGAUUUGCGAGGGACUCUUUGCAAGAUUUUAGGCGGUGAAUUACAGUCUUCGAACGAGGACUUGCAAUACGUUUGCAAAAGAAAAUGUUACCCAAAGUUGAAAAAGAUCGAAAAGAUGAUGUCGAAUCUCAAAAGUCUCGAAGACGAGUUGAGGGCAGAAAUGUCUAAAAAUACCGUGGUUCGCAUAAAGCGGGGAUUGAGUCAAGAUCAAGCUCAGGACUUACCUGUCGCGAGAACGCUGGAAGCAAAGCCAGUGAAGAAAGCUCUAUUUGCACCUUCAAAUCUACCUCAACAUCAAACGAGAUUUCCGUCGCCACUAACGGCGGUUAAAAGUCUAACAGGGCCACCUCCCACAGUUUCGAUGGUUGGAUAUACAGCAGUAAGGCAUUCAAGUGUUCCCGUGGUGGUGCGAGCAUUUCCAGCUUGUGUAAACAUCGGGAGGAAUUUCUUCUUACCAGCAAGUCAACUUAGCACAUCCCAGCAGCUACUACCGGACAAACGCGGUGCAGCAAAUAGGGAAACAGUGCCCAAAACUAACUUAGAUAAAGACCCUUGUGUGCAGGUGUGGAAAUUUCUCUUUUGGUUGUAGAAAUUACAGUAAUACUUUAAUUUGUAUUUUCAGUUUGGCACAGUACUUUCUCGUAAUAUAAAUUUCUAAUCUCAAAGUCAAACUUUUGUGACUUGAUUAUUUAUUAUUGCUUAUUAAUGGUAACCAAAGAACCUACUUGAUAUAGCUUGGAUAAACAAGUUUUUAUAUUGUUGAUCAUUAAAAUGGCUAAUUUCUGCCAGCAGUAGGUUCUAACAUGCGUGUUUUACUCCAUUCGAUAAUGGUUCAUUGCUUGAAAAGGAAUUUAUAAAAUAAUGGUUUGAACAUUUUUAUAUUUUGACAUAAAGUGGAUAUGAAAUGCUGCUCCUUAAGUAUUAUAUUUUAAGCUAAUUGUUUUUUGUCAAGUGUGAGUACAUAAUGAGUUUGUAAAACACAAAACAGUUUUGUACAGAGUGCUCAUGUUCAACAAAUACUUUUCAUAUCAAGGUCACCUUGAACUAUCCAGGAUGUGCAAGGGAAUUCAAGGCAACCUUGGGUGCAGAUCUUCAGACCCUAGGAAAAGCCUUAGCAAGACGAGGUACUUAUAAACAGAUUGCAGAUGCUGCAUUUCGUUGCUCUUCACUAAAAACCUUCCUAAUAAAGAAAACCUUACAAGCCCUGGGCAAAGAAUGCAAUGACCUAUGUUCCAGAAAAAAGCCAUCUGUGCUUCGCAAGAGUGGACCAGAUGAAAUGGAGAACUUUUCUUUUCAAAAACUCUGUGAAGAAUGGAAACAGAGAGCACCCCUUUUUUACUCCUUUCUCACAACAUGUGCAACAGUCAAGGAGAAAGGUUGUGACUGGACACCUGCCAUGGCAGUAGCUGGGUCCACCCUUUUAAAGAAUCGCAAUAUGCACAUGAAUGCAACAGCAUCACUUAUCUCUCAUGGUCAGGCAAAGUGCAACACAGGUUUGCAUAUGAAAUUAAUGUAA